CCGCCCUUCUCUCUCUCUCUCUCUCUCUCUCCCCGCCGUUCCCUCUCAUCUCCGCCGACGCCGACGCCGACGCCGACGCCGACGAGAUGGAAAGGGAGGGAUCUUACUAUACCCUAAUUGGUGUUUUGCAAUGGAGCACGGCACUUUGACAGAUUUAAAUUCCUCGACAUUUUCUAUAUUGGAUGAAGACCACACGUUAGCAAACUCUGUUAGAUUUGUUCUGAAUCAAGAUCCAAGGGUCGCAUUUUGCGGAUAUAGCAUCCCUCAUCCUUCCGAUAAUAAAGUUAACAUCAGAGUUCAGACUACAGGUUAUAAAUGUGAUCCAGCAAAGGAUGUGCUGAAAGAUGGAUUACAGGACUUAAUGGUGAUGUGCCAGCACGUGACGACUACGUUUGAGAAUGCGGUGGCGGAGUUCAGGGCGAAGCAAGAGCAAAAAAGCGGAAAAUGAGUCGAUGCGAACGCAAGAGUGAAAAAAAAAACUCCUUCCAAAAAGCAUGAGGUAUAGAGGGAGAUGAUGUUGUCGCACAACAACUCCAACGACAACGGAGGUAUGGGCGAGAUAGGAGAAAGCAACGCGGCGUCGACACAAGGGUGUGGUAGAGGAGGUUGGUGGAGGAGAAGAGGAGUGGAGAAAAAAAAUAAGAAUAUUUUAAUCAGUCUCCUCGAUCCGUUUUUGUAAAAGUAUAAAAUUAGUAAAUUGUUUUUAAUGCAAAAUGGCUAUUAGUGUAAGUAGUAGUAGUUCACCAAAGAUUCCUGUGUAUACACCAAGGAAAAAUGGUAGUUAACCAUUUGUACAUUCAACUGCUCCUACUUUAUUUAUGCAUCAUGUGUAUGCAAUUUGGAGAAGGUGCUAUCUCACAACAACUCCAAGUAUUGAUUUUCCAUAUAUUAUUAUACUUAUUAAAGCACAAGCACUCUCACCCAAUUACCUGUGAAGCACUGCCUCACAUUUCUCUAUUAUGGCUUCUCUAUGUUCCUUCGUAUGCCACCACCACCACCACCACCUCUUGCUCUUCCUCUUCGCCGCCGCCGUUGCCGUUGCGUUUACGACAAAAGUCGUCACCGCCGACGACAACAUGACCCACCUGCACUUCUACAUGCACGACAUCCUCGGCGGGUCGAACCCGACCGCCAUCGAGAUCGUCAAGGGCCCCGUCGCGCUGUCGUCCGUCCCCGGAGUCAACUUCGGUAACCUCAUCGCGAUCGACGACGCCUUGACGGAGGGCCCCGAGCUCUCGUCGAAGCCCAUCGGCCGAGCCCAGGGGUUCUACAUGUCAACUGCAUUUCAGGAGGCGUCGUUGCUCGUGUCGGUCAACUUCGUGCUGGCCGCCGACGGGCCGUAUAACGGCAGCGUGGUGUCCGUUCAGGGGCGCGACCCGAUCGCGGCACCUGUCAGGGAGCUGUCGGUUGUCGGCGGAACCGGGCAGUUUCGGAUGGCCCGUGGGUACGUGCUUUGGAAGACGUACGACGGCAACGCCACCAACGGUGACGGAGUCCUGGAGCUCGACGUCUACGUCACAACAUACUCUGGAAGACUCGCGCCAUCAACAACACCGGCGGCGAUAACGCAAUCUCCAUCAGUGCAGCAAUCUUCGAAAUCGACGUCAACGUCGCUACGAAGUGAAUUUGUCAUCCUGCUGAUCACAAUUACCAUAUGUGCAUUUUUACUUUAAUAUUUGGUUUAUUCGAGUCAGUUGGAGUUUGAUAGUAAGAACUAAGAAAUGAGAUUGAUGGCAGAUCACUGAAGGAUUUAUGAUUGAUGUAAUUGAUCAGCUCUGAAAGACGUAUGUUGUCAACGGGCAACACAAUCCUGGAGCUAGACGUCUAUUUUACAACGAAAUGAGUCUGUCAUUCAUCCCAUCUCGAUAUUUAAAUCCCACCAUUUAUUUUUUUAAAUUUAAAUAUUUAGUUUUCUUAGAGAGCUGCGGAGUUUGAUAGUAAAAAUAGAAUGAAUGGCGGAUAGAUAGAUGAUACAUGGUUGAUGUGGUGGAGGCAGGUCAACAUCAACUUUGUGUUCAAUCAUUAUGUCAAUAAAAGCAUGCUCAUUAGUUUGUUGAUUUGUU